UUGUCGUUGUUGUAAUAAAACUAAUGAAACGUUCAACAUUCUCACAUAAGUGUUCGACUGUUCCUUUAAGGGCUUUGUAGUAGUGAAUGAAGUGUCGGUUUACAUCUCAAACUCCUCCUCCUCCAUUCUGACGAGGGUGUUGCUUCCUUCCAGCCCAGAACGCUUCAAUCAUUCUGGGAUACAAAUGUUUCUUUAUCCACGUUCGCAGUCCAUCAUCGGAGCUCCAUUGUACAUCUCAAAAACAGCGAGAAGGUUUGCGAGGCUGUAACAAAAUCAUGGGAUUGACACAGUGACGCGAAGACAUUUCAGCGUUUGGAGAGAAAGUAACAGGACGGGGCUGAAACUUUGUUUCGGUAAUCUGAACUUUUCGGUGCGUGACUUUCCGUCCGUUACAGGAGUAAUAUACGAUUCCCAGCAAACGAAUGGAUAUCAAAUGAUGCCCGUGGACUGUUUUUAUGUUUAUUUAGUAAGAAGAGCGCGGUGUGCGCGCACACGGAGCGCAAAACUCGUGCCAAUCUGAUCAAAUCCACAGGCUUUUUGAUCCGAUCAUGGGAAAACUGGGAAUGCCUUGUUUUUUCUAACAUCGGCACGGUCACGUUGUUGAGAUUUGGGGUUAGUGCGGAUUACUUCGCUUGCCGAGAGAAGAAAGUUUCCUGCGUUUGUUUUCAAAAGAGAAAUUUCGGGCCAAAUUUUUGUUUUGUGACAACAUGCCUCAGUUAAACGGAGGAGGUGGCGACGACCUGGGAGCAAACGAUGAACUUAUUUCCUUCAAAGAUGAAGGCGAACAAGAGGAGAAGAUCUCCGAGAACGUGUCGUCGGAGAGAGAUCUGGACGACGUGAAAUCUUCUCUCGUGAACGAGUCCGAAAACAACAGCAGUUCCUCUGACUCAGAACCAACAGACAGGCGUCGCCAACCCAGACUCGACCUAGAAAGUUAUGAGAAACACAGAGAACAAUUCGCGGAAGCUCUGAGGCGACAGCAAGAUGGAGGAUUUUUCAAGGGACCCCCGUACGCUGGAUACCCGUUCCUCAUGAUCCCCGAUCUCACCAAUCCAUACCUCUCCAACGGAUCCCUGUCCCCCAGCACGCGAACGUAUCUCCAGAUGAAAUGGCCCUUGCUUGACGUUCCUGGUACAGCGUCCCUUAAAGACUCCAGAUCCCCCACACCAGGGCACUUAUCUAACAAAGUGCCGGUGGUACAACACUCCCAUCACGUUCACCCCCUCACACCCCUGAUCACCUACAGCAAUGAUCCCUUCUCUCCCGGGACACCACCUUCUCAUCUCUCCCCGGAGAUUCUCGACCCAAAGACAGGCAUACCAAGGACCCCUCACCCAUCAGAGCUGUCCCCGUAUUACCCUCUUUCUCCUGGGGCAGUCGGACAGAUCCCGCACCCUUUAGGAUGGCUGGUCCCUCAGCAAAGCCAGCACAUGUACUCCAUUCCUCCCGGGGGCUUCAGGCAUCCGUACCCCACGCUCGCCAUGAACGCCUCCAUGUCUAGUCUGGUAUCCAGUCGUUUCUCUCCUCACAUGAUGCCUCAUCCACCUCACGGCCUGCACCAGACGGGCAUCCCACACCCUGCCAUCGUGUCUCCUGCCAUCAAACAGGAGCCCGGUGGCGACCACGGCAGCAACCCAUCACACGGAAAACCCGCGGUGCCUUCGAAGAAAGAGGAAGAGAAGAAACCUCACAUCAAGAAACCUCUAAAUGCCUUCAUGCUCUAUAUGAAGGAAAUGAGGGCCAAAGUGGUCGCCGAAUGCACCCUUAAAGAGAGCGCUGCCAUCAACCAAAUCCUAGGCAGACGGUGGCACUCGCUUUCGCGCGAAGAACAGUCCAAAUAUUACGAUCUCGCCAGGAAGGAACGGCAGCUGCACUCUCAGCUUUAUCCCGGCUGGUCUGCGCGAGAUAACUACGGAAAGAAGAAGAAGAGGAAAAGAGAAAAUAAACCCGACUCCCCACCAGAGAAUUACUCACCCCAGCCUAAGAAGCAGUGCAUCCCGUACCUGUCGUCAGAGAAAAUGUGUGACAGCCCUACCUCCUCUCACGGCAGCAUGCUGGACUCGCCCGCCACGCCCUCCGCCGCCCUGGCGUCCCCGGCCGCCCCUGCCGCCACUCAUUCGGAGCAGGCUCAACCCCUGUCUCUCACCACCAAACCGGAGGGACGAGCGCACCACCCGCACUUCCCCCUGCCAGGGAAAGCGUCGGGCUCAAGCUCCUCGUCCGCCUCCACCCCUUCUCCUUCCUCUCAUCCGAGCAUUUCUCUUCACAGCCAAUCGGCAGCCCUCCUGUCCCGCCCCAUCCCUUUCACCAGCCUGUCUCACUCUCUGCUCUCUCCGUCCUCACCUUUCCACCAGGCAGCCCUACAUUCCCAUCAUGCCUUGCUGCAGACGCAACCUCUCUCCUUGGUCACCAAAUCGGUGGAUUGAGUGGAAAACCAAUAGGAAAAAUAAACUUUUUUACAGCUGUAUAUUGCCUUUUUACCUUUUAUAGAUUUUAGACCAAGUUUUUACGAUAGAAUGAAAAGGAAUAAUUAUUGGUCAAUAUUUGACCACCCCUCUAUUUUGCAUUUUCUCUUUGAAACAAAAGUGUAUUUUUUGUAAAUUGCCUUAUGGUUACCUUUUCCAACGUGAUUCUCCAAUGUUGCUACUUGUAUAAAAGACAAAUGUAUAAAGGUUUCUUUUCCUCUUUUUUUUUUUUUUUUUUU